AUGUCCAUGUUGUCGUGCCGUGUGUUGUGCCUGUUGGCCAUUGUGCUCUGCUGUGUGGGUGUGGCUCAUGCUGCUUCAAGUCACACAGAAUUUGUUAAGGAAGCACAAGAGAAGGUUAAGGAGACUUCGGGACUGAAGGCGCAGUGCGAGGAAGCCACCAAGGCUGCUCGAGAGGCCGCGGAUGAAGCUCUUGUUUUUUUUGCUGCCACUAAUAAGACACUCGAAACAAUUGCUGCUGACCCAAACGAGGUGGAGAAAACGAAGAGUAAAGGUCGUAAACUCAUUGAGAAGGCAACGCAGGCUGCAGAGAAAGCAGAACAAGUGCGCGCCAAAACUUCAGAGAGUGCAACUCAAACUGACGGUAAAGUCGAGCUUUUUCUAACAGGAGUUGAAAAAGAGAACGCAUUGAAAGCAGUUGUCGAGGCAGAAAGCGCGGCACGUGAUGCUGUAGAACAUAUCGACGCUGCGAAAACUCAUGCUGAACUUGUGGAGGGUGUCCUGCAGAAACUCGAUGACGCAGUUGCUGCUGCCAAAGAGAAGAAGAAAGAAGAGAUGAAGCAGGAGAAAGAAAAACAGGUGAAUUCUCCAGCACAGCCACUCUCUAAGGAUCCAUCUCUUGGUGAGCCACAAGGCCAUACAGAAGGAAAUCAGGCGGAGCAAACACAAGGAAAACAAAAACAACACUACCGUUCUACUGUUACUAUUAAUAUCCACGGAGAUAAUCUUGAUGCCUUACUCAAUGGUGCAGCGAAUAACAGUGGUAUGGCAUUAAAUGACGGCAGCAGCAGCUCUGCGUUACUGCGUGUUCCACUCCUGCUGCUGCUGCUGCUGCUCUCUGUGCUGAGCUGCAUGGCCGUGUGCUGA